AUGCAGUCCAAGGACGAACCGCCGCUGUCGGAUCUCCUCCUCCCGUCGUCGCUACCGUUCAAGCGCGUGCAGCUGGAGGAGAAGUACCCGCGCGGCUCGCAGGUGCGCGGCGGGCGGCACUGGAAGCACCUGAAGCAGAUCCUGCAGCCGCACAACCUGCACGACCUGCCGCCCGACGAAGCCAACUACGUGACGAUAGAGGCGCCGCCGUCCAUGUACCCCGCUAAGAAGUACUGCGAUAUAACGGGGCUCGAGGCGCCCUACACGGAUCCGCACAGCAAGCUGCGCUACGCCAACCCCGCCGCUUUCGCCAUUGCGCGCUCGCUCCCCCACCCACACGCGCAGGCCUUCCUCGCGCUCAGAGGCGCGCAGACCAUCCCACUCUCUGGGUCUCUUGGACCCUCUCCCUGCCACAGCCUCGCAUUUCCCUGCUGCCGCUACACUGCUGCGCGCUGUGCCACUGCAAGGCGUGGCCUUGCUGCUCGGGCGGGUGGUGUUGCUACAGGCGGAAGAGGAGGCGGCGCAGGUGGUGUGACUCUAACGGAUGUGACAGAGUCUGGCGUGGGGGUGAUGGAGGGGGAAGGGAGGAGGGUGGGGAUGGGGUCUGCUGAGAAGAGGGCUGGAAAUGGAAGCGCAGUGGGUAUGGCUUCUGACAUUCCCAAGGUUGUGUGGGAGCUCGAGCAGGAGACAAAAGAGUUGCUGGAGUGGCCAAUGGUGUGCCGCCAGGUGGCACGAUUCGCUGACACAGUGAUGGGGUACAGGGAGGCGGAGGAGGGGCGGUUGGCAGUGGGGCGCACGUGGGAGGAGAGUCAGGCGCUGCUGCUGCAGACGGAGGCAGCGCUGCUGCUGCCGCGGCGGCUGGAUUUCAACGGUGCUGUGGACGUGGCAAGCACUGAGCUGGCAGCCAUCCGCGCCGCCAGGCGGGACAACCGGCGCCAGCUGGACGAAUCAUUGCAGAGAGCAGCGCGACGUGUGGUGGAGGGAGGGGGAAUGGAUGAGGCACAGCCUGUAGAGGCUAUCGAGUUGAAUAAUAACGAAGCAGAGCUGAGUGGGCAGGAGGCGGAGGAAGAGAAGAGGGUGCUGAGGGAAAUGGCCGAGCAGGUGGCGGAUUGUGCGCCGUUGAUUCGGGAUCUAACGGACAGGAUCGUUGCACUGGACCUGGCAUGUGCCCGUGCAAGGCAUGCCCUAUGGAUGGGUGCCUCUCGUCCUGUCCUCCUUCCACCCACACACCCUCUCUCCCAUGGCCAUGGGGAUAACUUUUCAGGGGUAAAUACGCCUGGGGACAGUGAUACAGGGAGAAAUACCCUUGCAGGGAGAGAAUCCUACAAAAUUGAAUCUUACGUGGUUGAGAUUCGGGGGAUACAGCACCUGGUGCUGCUGGAGAUGUAUCUUGACGCCCUCAGUGCUGCUCAGAGCAGGACGGGUAAAAGCACAGGUGCAGCAGACACCAGUGCAGUAGCAGCAACAGGAGGAGGACGAGGAGGAGCAGAAGCAGCAGCAGCAUCAGCAUCACCGCUGCCGACUCCCCCAGUGCCCAUAGACCUGCUGAUGCCGGCCGGCGUGGCAGUGGUGGUCAUCUCCGGCCCCAAUGCGGGCGGCAAGACGGCCGCCCUCAAGACCCUCGGGAUUGCCGCGCUCAUGGCCAAGGCGGGGCUCUUCCUGCCCCUGGCGGGGGACGUCGGGGGACAGCGAGCAGGGGAAGACGAGGCAGGGGCGGAGAGUGGGGGCAAGAGUGGGGGCGGGAGUGGGGGCGGGAGUGGGGGAACGGGAGAAGCAAGUAGAGGGAAGGCGCAAGUGGCGGUGGUGCCGUGGUAUGACUGGGUGGUGGCGGACAUUGGAGACGAGCAGUCGUUGGAGCAGAGCCUCUCCACCUUCAGCGCCCACAUGUGCCGCGUCUCCCGCAUCCUCCUCGCCUCCUCUCCCUCCUCCUCUCCCUCCUCUCCCCCCUCGCCCUCCUCGCCCUCCUCGCUCUCCUCGCUCUCCUCGCCCUCCUCUCCCUCCUCUCCGUCUCCUGCUUCUUCCUCAUCCUCCUCCCCUUUCUCCUCCUCAACUCUCGUGCUUCUCGACGAGGCGGGCAGUGGCACGGACCCGUCAGAGGGAGCAGCGCUCGCAGCGGCCAUUCUGAAGCACCUGGCGGGGUGCAGUGGGCUCACUCUCGCCACCACUCACUACGCUGACCUCAAGAAACUCAAGGUGGGGAGGGAAGACAAGGUGCUUCUGUCAGGGUUUGAGACGUCUCAAAGUGUGAGACGUCUUGACAUGGGCUGCAAUGGGCCCACACUCUCCACAACUCUUUACGCUGACCACAAGAAGCUCAAGGUAGGGAGGGAGGGAGAGUGGGAGGAAGGGAGAGGGGGAGGGAAGGUGGGAGGAAGGGAGAGCUGUCACUACCGGCAGGGCGCAAUGGGCUCGUUCGCCACCACUCACUACGCUGACCUCAAGAAACUCAGGUUACACAAGGGUCUCCCAUGCUCUCUCCUCUGUCUGACCGGUCUUCUAACACCUGCCUCUUCCCUUCACCCUCCCCAUCCUGUCCCUUCCUUCCGUCAGGCGGCUGAUUCUCGGUUUGAGAACGCCAUUGUGGCGUUCGACCCGGUCUCCCUGCGCCCCUCCUUCCACAUCCUCUGGGUUCUCCCCGGCACCUCCCACGCCCUCUCCCUCGCUGCCUCCCGCGGCCUGCCCCCCUCCCUCGUCGCCAGAGCCGCCAGGCUUGCCCGUGCUGCUAGUCUAGAGGCAGGGGAGGAUGAGGAGCGGGAGGAGCGGGAUGAGGAGGAGAGGAGGGAGGGAGAGGAGGGGAGGGGAUUAGGGGAGAGAAGGCAAGUGGGGAAGAGUGAGGCGGACGAGUAUGCUACCCUGGGAGCAGGAAGGGGAGAGGGUGAGGGAGUGGGAAUAUUAGCAUCUCUCAAGCAGCAGUGGCAGCGGAACGUGGAAGAUGCAAGAGAGGCAGCAGAGGCAAGGCAACAAGCAGAGAGGCUCCUGAAAGACCUUCAGGCGCACUACACGAGCAGCAGCACCACACAGCAGGGCCAGCAGGAGCAGACUCUCCCUGUGAGGGAGGUGCUGUGGAAGAGAAGGUAUCAGAGGGACGUUCAGGAGGAGGUUUUGGCAGCAAGGGAGGAGAUUUCUCGUGUUGUUGCCGCUUUCCAGGAAACUUCCCUUGCUGGUGUGCCGGAGCGGGCGGCGACGGACCAGGCCUGUGCUGAUGUGGCAGCCGUGGCGGCUUUGACGGGCCUCUCUCCCGAAGCUAACUCUGCUAUAGGUUCGGAUGCUUCGGUUGGUGGCUCGGCAGGAGACCCAGGAGGGGCGGACUGGGUUCCUGCUCUGGGAGAGCCUGUGUACGUGAGGAGGUUUGGCACCAAUAUGUGUGGUACGGUGGUGGCAGUGGGUGGUGGUUCUGGGGAAGGCUCGGCAGAAACAGCAGCUGCUCGGUCCGUGACGGUUCAACUGGGAAAUCUACGAUUGCAAGUGCAGAGAGCAGACCUCCUUCCCGCCACCGAUGGCAGUGGUGAUGGUAGGACUGAUGGAGAGGCAGGAAGGAGGGGGCCCACAGGAGGGCUGUUUGGCAGCCAAUGGGAGCAAGAUGAUGACAGUAACAAUAGCAGCAGCACGAAUAGUACCAGGGGAUUGAAGCGUGGUGGUCAGUUCCCCUCUCCGUCCUCCUCCUCCUCCACUCCACUGCCAGCAGUGAGAGAGGCAGCAGUGCAGACAGCGCGCAACACAGUGGAUGUGAGGGGGAGGAGUGCAGAGGAUGCAUUAGCAGCGGUGGACCUAGCAGUGCAGUCCAGCCCGCCUGGUGCUGUGCUGGUUUCGCGGCACGAGGCAGAGAGUAGGUUGAAUAUUGGGUGUACUAUAGCAUAUAUUGGGUGA